GAGAAAGCCCAGCAAACUCUGAAGAGCAGCAUGAGCUCUCCUGUCAACAGGUAAGACGAGAAACCUGACGCGCAACCUGCUGCUCUGAGGGAAGUAAAGCAUGUCUGAGCAGAACUGAGGAACCUGCGCGUGGAUGAUCUGGACUCUGAAGUUCUUCAGCCUUUGAUUACCAUGAGGACUAGACUAGACUAGACUGGACUAGACUAUCAUGCGCUGCGAAAGACUCCGAAGCAAGAAGAGCCCUGGACGCAGAUUUCUCAUUGCAGCAUCUGUUGUGAUAUGAUGAUGGCCUCGGAGCUGCUGUGUGGACUCCUCUUCAGACUGCUGCUGCCACUGGGCCUCGCCGCAGCAUGUUUGUUCCGGUACAACUGGCUGUCCUUCGUCUACCUCAUCUUCCUCUUACUCGUCCCACUCUUCGCCGAGCCGACAAAGACAACGAUGCAGGGUCACACGGGGCGCUUGCUGAAAUCCCUGUGCUUCACCAGUAUGACGUUCCUGCUGCUGCACAUCAUCUACCAAAUCACAAUCAACAGUCUGUUAGCAGGAGACAACAUCAAGCCUAACUUCAACUGUUCAUCAUGGGAGAGAUCAAUACGGCAGCUGGGCUUCGAAAGGUAAGAGAUUGUCUUCUUCAGAUGAGAGAGCUGGGCUCCUCCGUGUGAAUGUUGGCAACACAAAACACAU